AUGGUCAAUGAAGCAGGCAUGCUCGGCAAGAUUGGCUUCAACUCCCUCGGUGUCGGGGUCGUCUCCAACGCCAUUAGAGUCCAAGGAGUCGAUCCCAGCCGGAUCCCCGUCCACCUGGGUCUGCGGAUCGUCUUGGAAAGUGCGUCUGCCAAGGAGGCCAUCGCGGCCCUCGAAGCGAUGGGCAUGGCGGCGUCGGCACACAUGUUGAUCGGCGACGCCGACUUCGCGCAGGGCUGCGAAUUCACGUCCAAGACAUUCAUCAAGCUGCCAAUCGACUCGCGCGGACGGAUCAUGCACUCCAACCAUCUCCAUGCCGAGCACACAGGCCUUAACGAGGACUUCUGGCUCAAAGACUCGUUCUUCCGAGUCGAACAGAUGGAGACUUUGACCGACGCCAUCACCGGCGAGCCUUCAAGUUUGGACGUCUGUAACGUCUUCAAGGACGAAACAGAGUUCCCUUUUGCCAUCUGUCGGGCUCAAGAACAGGGCUCUAAUUGUGCGACGCUAUUUAGCAUUGUGAUGGAUCUCAAAUUGAAGGAAGCGGUCGUCAUUCAAGGCAGGCCCACUCACCCAGAUGCGACAUUUGUAUUGAGACUCGAUUAA